UUUGGAGAAUAAAUAACAGGCAGUUACGUUUCUCCCACCAUCAACCUCCUGGAUCAUUCACACCUGAAUAUUGUUAUCAAUUCAUCCAUAUGAUAUCCAAACCCUAAAUUCACUCACAAAUCCCCAAUUUCAUCCUUUAAUCUCAAAUCACAUGCGUCAAUCAUCAAUGUUCCUAUCAAUCGAUCACACCAUCCUUUCAUCGAUUUUCACUUUCAAAACCCUAAUCGCUCGAAACUCCUAACCUAUUUCUCCGCACCAAUGAAGGGGCUUUUCAAAUCGAAGCCUCGCACACCUGCGGAUCUCGUCCGUCACCUCCGUCAUCUCCUGCCGUACGCCGCCCCUAAUUCCGCCAUUCGUACAACCAAACGCCUCGAAAAGGUAUGUGAACUAAGAAAAGUUAUUCUUGAAAUGAGGACGGUACUUUAUGGAGACGAACGGUUAGAACCAGCAGAAGAGGCUUGUGUAAAGUUGACACAGGAGUUCUUCAAAGAAGACACAUGUUACAUGCUAAUAGCAUCUCUUCCUCAUUUGGACCCUGGGGUAUGUAACAUGAACUAUCUUUUAGUUGCAGGAACAAGGGGAUGUGAUAUUGGGAUGUGAAGAAACAGUGAUCUAAUUAGAGAGUUAAUUAGAUUGGUUUAUGUUCCUUUCA